AGGAAGUGAGAGCAAGAAAGAGUUAUCUUAUCGACCACAAGAGAGUGAUCGUCAAUGAGACAGUCGUGUGCCUCGUCACUCACCCUUCUCACUGUGUUCCCCAGACUUGACCAUGAAGGAGUCUCAGCACAGUGCCUUAGAUAAUCCAGUCUUUGAACCUGAAGACGUCAUUCAAGGUUCUAACACUAGGAAGGAUGGCAGUCUUGAUGGGAAGUCUGACAAGGAGGGAAGCAUCCCUGCGGUGCCCGAGGAAUCACUGGAGCAUAAUCCUAAAGUAGCGCGGAUCAUCCUCAAGAACAUCAUUAUCAUCUCCAUCGUGUUCACCUUCCUCUUCACCGCCUACAACUCCAUGGCCAACCUGCAGUCUUCCAUCAACCAGACGGUCGGCACGGUGUCCCUGACUACAGUAUACGCAGCACUAGUGGUAUCCUGCUGCUUCCUGCCGUCACUGCUCAUCAAGACACUCAAGACUAAGUAUACGAUGGCAGUUUGCAUGCUGGGUUACUCUUCAUACAUCGCCGCCCAGUUCCAUCCGACACUGGCUACAAUGGUACCCACAGCCAUCUUGGUGGGGCUUGGCGCCGCCCCGAUGUGGUCGGCCAAGUGUUCUUACCUCACCCAGGUGGGGACCAAGUACGCGGAGCUGACGGGGCAGGACAAGGAGGUGGUUAUUACUCGAUACUUCGGUAUUUUCUUCCUUUUCUUCCAGUCGGGACAAGUGUGGGGCAGCCUCAUUUCCUCCUCAGGUGCCUCUCUCUCAUGUGUUGACAACGGAUACGGGGUGUUAAACAAAACGGAUGAAGAGCUGGAGACAUGUGGAUACAAUUUCUGUCUCGCUACACAAAAUGCUACUAACGGCGAUGACGGGAUUCCUAACUGGCAGAGAUACACCAUGGCAAGCAUUUACCUAGUGUGUGCACUGCUGUCUUCAGUCAUCAUUGUAGUGUUCGUCGAUCCUCUCAGAAGGUUCGUGGGCAAGGAGAAGGAGACAGCUGCCACAGAGGGCAAAUCGUCGAUCCAGCUUCUGAUCGCCACCUUCAACCACAUGCGUCACCCGUACCAGCUACUCAUCAUCCCCCUCACCAUCUGGUCGGGCGUGGAACAAGGCUUCUUCCAGUCUGACUUCACCGCCGCCUACGUGUCGUGCAGCCUUGGUGUGCACAUGGUGGGCUACGUGAUGAUCUGCUACGGCGUGUGUGACGCCCUCUGCUCCAUCUCCUUCAGCCCGCUGGUCAGACUGGUGGGUCGCGUCCCCGUCUUCAUCGUGGGCGCGGUCAUCAACUACGGGGUCAUCAUUACUCUCAUAAAGUGGCGCCCUCACCCUGACGACACGGCCAUAUUCUUCGUGCUAGCCGGACUGUGGGGCGUCUCGGAUGCUGUCUGGCAGACGCAGAUCAAUGCGUUCUACGGUGUGAUCUUCCCUGGCAAGGCCGAGGCUGCCUUCAGCAACUACCGCCUUUGGGAGUCCGCUGGGUUCAUAAUCACCUUCGCCUGCAGCACCGUCCUCUGUAUCCAGUCCAAGAUCACCAUUGUGUUGGCGUUCCUCAGUGUCGGCAUCGUGGGUUACUGCAGCAUCGAGAUUAUCGAUAGGUUUGUGGGCAUCAAGAAGGACAGUGACGGGGAGGCGGUGCCCAUCGACAGGCUCGUCACUGGAAAGUAUUAAGCCAAACACCGUCACGUCACGACUGACAAGUUCAAGACGGGUCCUCUAGUCAGAAGAGAAGGGUAGUGGCAGACACCCAUAUGUCAUGUCUCUCUUCACCUCCACGAUGUGUGUGUGUGUGUGUGUGUGUGUGUG